UCUCUCUGGGUUGAGGAGGUGUUCGCUACAGUGAGCCCAGGCUCACCCGAGACAAAUGUGAACUCUGAACUGUGUCCCACUGAUAAAAGGGGGAGGGGCAGAUUUACACAGUGAGGCUGCUGUUUUGGAAAUCUGGAAUGAGGAAUACCAUCUCGGAGCCAAAGGAAAUUCUUUGUGGGGCUGGCUGCUGGGCCUAGGAAGAAGGAAACAUGUAACUGAGCUGUGUACAAGAGGUGGAGGAGACAGCAGCUGAGCCCUGCACCCACGAUGCCAGAUCUCCUGAACUUCAAGAAGGGCUGGAUGUCCAUUCUCGAUGCUCGCGGUGAGUGGAAGAAACACUGGUUUGUUCUGACAGACUCCAGCCUGAGGUAUUACAGAGACAGCACAGCAGAGGAGGCCAAUGAUCUGGAUGGAGAGAUUGACUUACGAAGCUGCAAUGAUGUAACCGAGUAUCAGGUUCAACGGAACUAUGGGUUCCAGAUCCACACAAAAGAGUCCAUUUAUACUCUUUCAGCAAUGACAUCCGGGAUUCGGAGGAACUGGAUUGAGGCACUUCGAAUGCACGUUCGUCCAACCACCAUACCCGACGUGACAAAGAGGAACACUUGGAUGAAAACACCGCCUCCUAAAUCCAGUUUAACAGAGAGUAACAAGGAAAACACCUUCCGUGACACUAUAGCACGAAGAAACGCAGCAAGACAGGAAGCAGCGGCAACAGCUGACAAGACCCGGCUGGAGGUCCCACGGAGCAGCCGCAGAGCAGAGAGCCAUGAGCAGUUCACGCCACCAGUCGAGAGCGUGGAGCUGGAGCCCAUGCAGUCAUCGCGGGUGCAGGACACUUCCAAGGUGGACGAGCUGACCCGUGAGCAGGCCCAACGGAUUGCUGAACGUAGCAAGUGGUUUGAGUCCACAAAUCUGAAUGACUGCCCAAAGAAGGGGGCAGAAUGGAGUUCCCCCCUCAUCCAAAUCCCUGAGGCCCUCGGCAAGGACAUCGAGGUGAAAUGGCAGGAGCUCGAACGUAUUCCGUUACGGGACCACAGGCAGGUCCCCAUCAUGUCCUUGCGAUCUCCCAAUCCCGCUGUCAAUGACAACGGAGUCACCGAGCAACUGAAGAAGGAGAUCUCCUCCCUGAACACACAGCUGGAUCAGGCCAGGAGGGAGCUGGAAUCUUUCCAGGAGCAAAGCAGUCGACUCUAUGGACAAGUAAACUCCACCGAGGGACAGAGAACACAGAUUCCAAAAGGCUUCAUCUCUCAGGAAACCUGUGAGCGUAGCUUCAGGGAGAUGGAGGAGUCCCACCGUAAAGCAAUGGACGAACUUCAACGGCAACAUAAACGGGAGUUAGAGAAGGUCCAGCAUGACAAGGAGCGACUGUUAUCCGAGGAAACAGAUGCCACCAUCUCUGCCAUUGAAGCCGUGAAGAAAUCCCAUCGUGAGGAAUUGGAGAGAUUGCGGAGCAUUCAGAAUAUUGCAAACAACAAUGAUUUGGAGAGGCUUCGCAAACAGCACCAGGAGGAGCUGGAGUCCCUUCAGCGGGAACUGCAGGUGCUGUCUGAACAAUACUCCCGCAAGUGCCUGGAGAUUAACUACCAGGUGAAAGAGACGCAAAUGCGAGAGAGGGACCUGUCACGAAGCCAACGGGAGAAUGAGGAACUGCUUCGACAAAACCAGGAGCUGAAUGGCCAGUUAUCGGAGGAGAUUGCACGAAUCCGUGCACUUGUGACAGGAAGGAGCCAUGACAACAUUGGGAAUUUACCUGUCACAGGUGACAGAGAUACAUGUGAAUUGGAGGUAUUACUGCGGAUUAAGGAGAAUGAAGUGCAGAAUCUCAGGAGGGAGACUGUGUGCCUACGGGAUGAGCUUCAGUCUAUGCAAUGGGAUAAAAAGUAUGCAACAGACAGGUACAACGAAAUUUACACGGAGCUAAGUGUCAUGAAGGUCAGAACAGAACGGGAACUCAACCAGGUUAAAGAGCAGUUAAAGCUGGCUAUGGCUGCACUCAAGGAGAAAGACACUUUGCAGAACAGCAUCACAAAGUGAAGAUCAGAGCUCUGGUAUUACCACACAGGAAGAGAAGUUAAAUUUAAUGCUUAAGCCUUCAGUAGUGAUCCAAGAUGGUGAAAAUCCCUGAGAGUGAGGAGCUAUGAAGAAAACAACCACUACUUUUUCCUUGUCUUUUUUUCUUCUUAAUAACACCUCCCACUGUGGAUUACUGCUGUGAAAUUAAAAGUGAAUAGAUAUAUAGAAAUAUAUUCACACAGGUUAUCAAUUUAAUCCCUUGCUGCCUUCGAAACCCUGUUUUUGUCUCCCAGCCAAGCACUCUUCGGUUUAGCUGUUACCACAGCGACGUUAAUGCCGACCGUGAUCUUUCCAUCAUCCAGUGCUUGAAGGGGGCUGACUGCAUUCUGCAGCAAUUGCUACUUGUUGGGUUCCUCGUAUGGCCCCCUCCCUUGCACUUCCCCUUUUUAUUUCGGCGGGGCGCCAGGAAUUAUGGUUGUCAACAUUUCCCCAAACUGGUCACCAGAACGCUCAUCUAGCCAAUGGGAAAGUGAGCAGGCUCUGUUACCCAAUCAGAUGGCUUUUGACUGUCACUCAGACUCCCAACAUUUUUGUAGUUAUUAAAAAAAGUUGAGAGUUUAUUUUAAAUUGAUAUUUCUUCCCCAGGGCUUGCUUGUCCUUGAGACUCUUGGGAAAUUCUGCAAGAGUCAACAACUCUCACUGCAGACCCACUUGGUGUAACCAACUGUAUGGCAAAUCCCAGUACCCAAUCUUGAUAAACAUUGCAUUUAAGAAGAACAACUUUUUAAAAAAUAAUUAAAAGCAGUUUAUUACUCCUGUUAACUGUUAUAUAAAGCACUAUUUGAGGGUAACAUGUUGCAAUCUUACGACAUAACAGGUGGGUUUUUAAUAAUCGCAUAUAUAUUUUUGUGUAUUUUCCCCAUUGCAAGUCAGACAUCCCUUAAAACCAGCACUUAGGCUGUGCCCAGGAACACAGGACAUGGAACAAGAGUCGCUUGACUCUGUUCCAUUGCUCAGUCACCAAAGAUUUGCUUAAUUCCAGCAGCCUCAGUUUCAAACCCAUUAGCACUGGCAUCCAGUAGGAACCAUUGAAAGGGAAGUCACCUCAUGUCUGCCUGCCGUCAUGGAGUUUGAAGAUGGCUGUUGAAAAUCACAUUGCAAGAGGACAGCAAGAAAUCUCAUUUUGUUUUCCUUUGUCCUGUUUUUCCAGUCCCACUGCUUCUCAAAGGGUGUUGUCCCUACACAGUAACAACUCGCUGGGCUCCCUCCAUCUAUCUCUCCUUCUUAACCAAGUGUCCUGAUUUCAUGUGCAGUUUGGUUUAUGUAGGUAUAGUGGGUGGAGGGCUGAAUAUCUGCAGUAUUCUGGUGAAAAAAAAAGCUGUUUACAGAGAGUCUCUGAUCAAUACCAACAGAAUUUCAGGAAGAUCUGAAAUUGCUAUCUGAACUGCUAUGAUUACGCCACUUCUGUUCAUUAUUGUCUUGUAAGGAGAAGAUGAGCGAUAGCAGCAGAGAAAAUGUAAAUGUAAAUUGUCCCAAAUAAGGCAAAGAGGAGUUGGUUCAGUUAUUUUUGGUAAGCUGUAACCAUUCAUCACUAUGUUUAAGUUCAAAUAUCAUGGAUACAGUGAAAUCCAUGUAUCAAAGUGUCUAUUUGUUUAAUAUAGUAUGGACACCAUCUCCUUGUAUGGAAACUAUUCAUGUAGGUAGAUAUGGUUCACUUCUCUGAAAUGGCCAUGCAAACCACUCUUGUUUUAAUGUUAAUUAGAGAUGGGCAACAAAUGCUGGUCUUGUCAAUGACCCCACAUCCCAUCAAAAAAAAAGUUAUUAAAAAAAUGAAUUGAUGUCCAUUGAGCAUUAUACAGGCUGAAGAACAUGCUGAGGAACAUUCGAGCAGUGAAGUCAACUGAAGCUGCACAGUAAGCUAACUGUUGCACCAGCUAUCCAGCCCUCACUUUCCACACCCUCUCUCCAGGCUGUCAGACCCAGCAGCAACCAGGACCUGACUCUUUGUCAAUUUUCCUGGCUCACCCUCUUCCAUGUCAGAUGGACUUGACUUUCAUCUCCCAUUGUCAAGAGCAUCACCCAUGAACAAAACUGACCCAUCCAUUGUGUCUGAUUUACAUUGGCUGUUGUUCAACAUCUGGUCCUGAAGGAACAUAAUUCUCCUCCAGUCAAACAAUGGCCAGACCAAAGCCAUUGUCUUCAGUCCCAACUACAGACUCCAUUCCCCAUCUACUACCUGUGCUCAUUGACAUGCACUGAUUCCCAGUCCAACAAGCCGUAGAUUUUAUAACUCAUGCUUGUUCUGAAAUUGCUCCAUGGCUUCACCCUCCCUCUUUGUGAUCUCCCCAUCCUCACAAUUGUCUGAGAUCUGUGCAUUUCCCCAGUUUUAGCCAUCAUCAUGUCAUUAACAGACUGAUCUUCAUCUGCCGGGCCCUAAGCUGUAGAAUUCCUUCCCUAAACCUCUCUGCAUCUUACCAAUGAUCCCCUGAAACUGUAUUGCCAACCAGGGACCUGAAUGUUCUUGUAAAGGCUGCACACUAUAAGACCAUAAGAGUGGAAGUAAGACCAUUCGGCCCAUCGAGUCCACUCCACCAUUCAAUCAUGGCUGAUGGGCAUUUCAACUCCACUUAACCCACAUUCUCCCCAUAGCCCUUAAUUCCUUGUGACAUCAAAAAUUUAUCAAUCUCUGCCUUGAAGACAUUUAGCGUCCCGGCCUCCACUGCACUCUGCAGCAAUAAAUUCCACAGGCCCACCACUCUCUGGCUGAAGAAAUGUUUCCACAUUUCUGUUCUGAAUUUACCCCCUCUAAUUCUAAGGCUGUGUCCACGGUUCCUAGUCUCCUCGCUUAACGGAAACUAUUUCCAAGCGUCCAAGCCAUGUAUUAUCUUUUAAGUUUCUAUUAGAUCUCCCCUUAAUCUUCUAAACUCCAAUGAAUACAAUCCGCAGCCGUUCCUCAUAUGUUAGACCUACCAUUCCAUGUGAAAAUCCACUGGACACGCUCCAGUGUCAGUAUGUCCUUCCUGAGGUGUGGGAACCAAAACUGGACACAGUACUUCAAAGGGGGCCUAACCAGAGCUUUAUAAAGUCUCUCACAACAGUGCUUUUAUAUUCCAAUCCUCUUGAGAUAAAUGAUAACAUUGCAUUCGCUUUCUUAAUCACGGACUCAACCUGCAUGUUUACCUUUAGAGAAUCCUCGACUAGCACUCCCAAAUCCCUUUGUACUUUGGCUUUACGAAUUUUCUCACUGUUUAGAAAGUAGUCCAUGCUUGUAUUCUUUUUUCCAAAGUGCAAGACCUCGCAAGUACAUUGUUCUUUUUUUUAUAAAUAUUUUUAUUGAGAAGAAAGAAAGUUUUUAGGUAUUUUACAAAAAUACAAAAUAGUGUAAUCACUUUACAAUAUAGUGACAAUAUCAGUAUUUAGAAAAAGCUAACUACUAAUCUACUCUACAAACUACCAAAACACAAAAUAAGAUCUGCUCGGUCACACCAGAAUCUGUAAAAGACCUGCAGCGUUUUAUCACCGUUUUAAUAGCUCCUUACUGGUUCACUGUCAAUUUCGCACUGAUAACCCUUUCCCUUCCACCCAAGAUAUUAUGCUACAAUUAAAUACUGCAAUAACAUUAGGUUUUUUAGUGUACCUUCAGGCGCUGUCACAUAAACAAUUUGGACAUAAUUCUUGCUGCCGAGUACCUCUGACCACAAAUGUCUAGUCUGCACUUCUCUGAUGCCACUCCAAGCUGCGGGUCUGAACACUCAGUAAUAACCAUCUGUUUUAUAUAUCAAUAUGCUUCAAUAAAGUUAGUGCUUUUCACAUCUUAUUGUUUACAACAAAGAAAAAUCCCUGUGGACACGAUUCUUUUUUAUUUAAUUGUUCACAGGAUGUUAGGGUCACUGGCAAAGCCAGCAUUUGCUGCCCAUCCCUAAUUGCCUUUGAGAAAGUGUUGGUUAGCCUCACCUUCUUGAACCAGUGCUAUCCUUAUGAUCUGGGAACAUCCAUCAUGAUGUCAGGGAGAGAGAUCCAAGAUUUUAGAUGGUGUGUGGCUUGGAGUGGAACUUGCAACCUGUGGGGUUCUGGUUGGCUGGGCCUGUCCUGCUAGACAUUAGAAAUCACAGGUUUGAAGGGUGCUGCCUAAGGAGCCUUGGUGAGUUCCUGUCAUGUACUUUGAAGAAGGCACACACUGCUGCCACUAUGCAUCAAUAGUAAGGCAGAGAAUGUUGAAAGCGGUGGAUGUGAUGCCAAUUGAGUGGCUAUUUUACAUGGAUGGUGUCAAGCUUUUUGAGUACUGUUGGAACUGCACACAUACAGGCAAAUUCUAUCACACUCUGACCUGCCUCUUGUGGUUGGUGAACAGGAGGUGAGUUACUCAUUGCAGAGUUCCUAGCCUCUAAUCAGGUAUUGGCUGGUCCAGUGCAAUUUUUGGUCGACUUAGCCCCAAGAUGUUGAUAACAGGGGAAUUGAGUAGCAAUGGUAAUGCCAUUGCAUAUCAAGGGAAAAUGGUUAGAUUCUCUCUUGUUGGCAAUGGUCAUUGCCUGGCACUAGUGUGAGCAUGGAUGUUAUUUAUCUUUUAUUAGCCUAAGCCUCAAUAUUGUCCAAGUCUUGCUGCAUAUGUACACAGAGAGGGAGUGAGGACUGCAGAUGCUGGAGAUCAGAGUCGCAAAGUGUGACGCUGGAAAAGCACAGCAGGUCAGGCAGCAUCCGAGAAGCAGAAGAUUGAUGUUUCGGGCAUAAGCCCUUCAUCAGUAAUGGGGCUUCAUCAUUCCUGAUUAAAGGCUUAUGCCCGAAACGCGACUCUCCUCCUUGGGUGUUGCCCAACCUGCAGUGCUUUUCCAGCGCCACACUUUUCGACUGCAUGUGAACACAGACUGUUUUUAAUAUUUGAGCAGUUGUGAAUGGUAUUGAACAUUAUACAAUCAUCUAUGAACAUCCCAUCUCUAAACGUAUGUGAAGGGAAGGUCAUUGAUGAGAACACUAUUCUCAGGAAUUCCUGCAGAGAUGUCCUCAGACUGAGAUAAUUGACCUCCAACAACCACAACCAUCUUCCUUUUUGUUCAGCAUGACUCCAAUCAAUGGAAAUCUUUUCCCCGAUUUCUACUGACUUCAGUUUUGUGAGGUCUCCUUGAUCUCAGUCAAAUGCUGCCUUGAUGUUAAAGGCAGUCACUUUUAUCUCUUCUCAUCUCAUCCCUACCACAGGUUACAAUUUGACUCAUAAACCACACAAAAUGCUUUACAAAGUUACAAUAAACGUGGGUUACCAGAAGAAGCACUGCAGGCAGCUGCCAUGUAUCAAGCAAGCCGCUGUGUGAUAUGAAGUUAUUGCAAUAAUCUAUAAGAAUAUUUUUCAAUGUAGAGUACACUAUAAAAUAAAUUGUUUAAAUAUGAGUGAAAA